GGCGCUAAUGCAAAGCGCUAAAAUCCCACAGAGAAGAAGACGUAGAAGAAGCCUGCAGGAGACGUUUCCUCGACUUUUGUACCACAGAAGAAGAGCAACGAUGCAGCGCGACAAGACUGGAAGCUCGGCGGUGUCUGGCGAUAAACCGGACCGGGAGACCGCCAUCAUGUCCAAAUACUACGAUGGCGUCGAGUUUCCUUUUUGCGACGAGUUUUCUAAGUACGAAAAGCUCGCCAAGAUCGGCCAAGGCACCUUCGGGGAGGUGUUCAAGGCCAAACACAGGCAGACUGGCAAGAAAGUAGCGCUGAAGAAGGUGCUUAUGGAAAACGAGAAAGAAGGGUUUCCCAUCACAGCACUGAGGGAGAUCAAGAUCCUGCAGCUGCUGAAGCACGAGAACGUCGUAAAUCUGAUUGAGAUCUGUCGAACAAAAGCCACUCAGUUUAACCGUUACAAGGGCAGCAUAUACCUGGUGUUUGAUUUCUGCGAGCACGAUCUGGCCGGCCUGCUAAGCAACGCCAACGUUAAGUUCACGCUAUCAGAGAUUAAGAAGGUCAUGCAAAUGCUGCUGAAUGGACUCUACUACAUCCACAGAAACAAGAUCCUGCACAGAGACAUGAAGGCAGCAAACGUGCUCAUCACAAGGGAUGGUGUGCUGAAACUUGCUGAUUUUGGCCUGGCAAGAGCCUUCAGCCUGGCAAAGAACAGCCAGGGCAAUCGCUACACCAACCGAGUAGUGACACUGUGGUACCGACCUCCAGAGCUCCUGCUGGGAGAGCGUGAUUACGGGCCACCCAUCGAUCUGUGGGGUGGAGGGUGUAUCAUGGCUGAAAUGUGGACCAGGAGCCCCAUCAUGCAGGGAAACACAGAACAGCACCAGCUCACUCUGAUCAGCCAGCUGUGUGGAUCCAUUACUGCUGAAGUGUGGCCUGGCGUGGAUAAAAAAUACGAGUUGUACCAGAAGAUGGAGUUACCUAAAGGACAGAAGCGGAAGGUAAAAGAGCGUCUGAAGGCGUAUGUUAAAGACCCAUAUGCUCUGGAUCUGAUCGAUAAGCUGCUGGUGCUGGACCCAGCGCAGCGUGUGGACAGUGACGAUGCUCUCAACCACGACUUCUUCUGGUCUGACCCUAUGCCCUCUGACCUCAAACAUAUGCUCUCCACACACAACACGUCCAUGUUCGAAUACCUGGCUCCCCCGCGGCGCCGCGGUCACAUGCCCCAACAGCCGGCCAAUCAGAACCGCAACCCAGCUACAGCCAGCCAGUCUGAGUUUGACCGUGUUUUCUGAUUCCUCUGAUGUCAAACACUUUAUUUCUCAUUCGUAAUUUAAAAAGGGAUACAAGAUUUAUGAGAUCAAGGUGAGAUGAGUGAAGUGAGUUAAAUUUGUCUAUCAGAUGUCAAGUGAGUUAAUAAUCAAAGAUCAGCUGCAUCUGUUUCACUUCUAAUCUAGAGUCUGGUUGUCUCUAGGUGUAAUUCUUUGAAUUACAUGUUUGAUCAUCAAAUUUCAGUUACAGUUUUCCUGUAUUCCCUGUAUUCUGAAUUGUGCAAAACUUACUUUGUAUUACUUUAAUUGAAUAUUAUGUUUAGAAUUUAUGUAGCUAUUUAUCAUAUGGUUUUCAUCCUCCGAUAUGUUCAUGUUUAAACUUGAUUGCUUUUUACAAAAAUAAUAAUAAUGUGUUUGGUUUUUGAGGUACUUGACUUGAAGCACCAAUAAACCUCCAACUUUUUA